UCCAAAUUUUGAAGUGAAAUUUCCUCAACCUUAGUCACAUUUGCUCAAUUCAUUUGAUGAGUUUCUAGGAAAUUUCCUCAUGGUGUUAACUCUCCAUUCUGUAAUUCUGUUCAAUGUAUAUAAAUAUCACUUCACAAUAAACACAAGAAAAUCAUCAAAACAUUAAGCUCAGAAUAAUGUGGCAUUGCUCUUUCUCUUCCCUCUCACUUUGCUGCUUAUUCUUACUAUUAACAAUAAUUCCUACACACUGUUACCUGAUUUCCCCACCAUUGUUAGACUUGAUCAACUCAACCUGCAAAGAAUGCUCAGAUAAGUCAGCAAACAUAAACUACAACUUCUGUGUUACUUCACUCCAAGCAAUUCCUAUAACUCAUGUUACCAACUUACAAGGAGUAGGAAUUGUAGCAAUGGAGCUGGCUCUAGAAAAUGCUACCAACACGAUUUCAAGCAUUGAGAAGAUGCUCAGUAGCAAAGAGUUUGAUCCUUUUGCUAUGAACUGUUUAAGAGAUUGCUUGGAACUUUAUGCAGAUGCUAUUACCCUGCUGGUUGAUGCUUUUGUCGCGUUCUUGGCUGAGCAUUUUGAUAUAGCUACUGUACUAAUGAGGACAGUUAUGGAUGCGACAUCAACAUGUGAUGAAGAGUUCACUGAGAAGAAAGGAGAGUUGACACUACUAGCAAAGGAGAAUUACAAUCUCUUCCAAUUGAGUGACAUCUCCUCAUGCAUCAUUAAACAAGUUUCCUCUGUUCCUUCUCAGCUAACUAAUGUAUCUUCUUAAGAUGCAGCUAUAAAUUGUGUACUGAAUGGGACAUCAAAGGGUUGCUAAA